UUGCAGGUAAGGAAGUCACUGUGGUUGACACUCCAGGCUGGGACUAUUUCACGGCCGCCAUCCCAAAGGAGAUCAAAGAUGAGACAGAGCGCAGCGUGUCCUUGUGCUCCCCAGGGCCCCACGCCUUCCUCCUGACCAUCCCUGUGGGUUCAGACGUAAUGCUGACGAGACUGGACGAGCACAUGCGUCUGCUCGGGGAGAUGGUUUGGGGAUACACACUGGUGCUGUUCACCUGCGGGGACAGGCUGGCUGGCUCUACAAUAGAGCAGUACAUUGUCAGCAUAGGUGGUGGUUUGCAGAGGCUGCUCGGAAAAUGUGAGAACAGGUAUCACGUACUCAAUAACUUAAACACGGGAGAUGAAACUCAGGUCACAGAGCUCUUGAAAAAGGUAGAGCAUAUGAGGUCAAAAAAUUGUGGAUGCUACGUAUGUGAGAAACGGCGGCAUGUUGAACCAGACGUCCAGCCAGAGCAGGAACUUCAACUGAGUCAGCAAUGGACUGAGCCAGAUGAGAGAGAGGAACAGAACUGGUGCAACAGAGACCAGGGACAGGAACAGAUCCAGAGUGACAGAGACCAGGUACAGAAUACCACCAACUGCAGGAAAGCACCCAGGAGCAAAGGAACAACAGAAAUUAGCCCACCUCCUACCUUGAACAGGUCAAGGGAGACGCUCACAGAGACUCUGCAAACAAUGUCAACACAGAUAUCUGGGGAGGAAAUGUAUAGGCGCACAGUGGUUCUCUUCACCUAUGUGGACAAACAGCAGAGCCAGGGUGUCGAGGAGCAUGUCCAAACAGGCAAUAAGGAGCUCCAGGAGUGCGUGGGGGUGUGCUAUGGAGGUUGCCACACCCUUGACAACAGAUACCGAGGCAACGGUUGUCAGGUGGCGGAGCUGCUGGGGAAGGUACAGGAGAUGGUGGCAGGGAGUGUAGCCAACUUCUACAGCUCUGGGGAGUCCCAGGCAGGGAGGGUCAUGCGGAGGCCUAUACCGGCAGACAAACAGAGAGGCAAAGGGGAGCCGGGGGAGUGGCAGCAAGAGGAGGGGCACAUCUCUGGCCCCGCCCUGGAGGCGGCGGCACAGCAGGCAGAGUGGAACGUGGAGCAAGGCAGACCUUUGGAGAAGGAGAUCGAGAGGAGGGCGGAGAUGAGGGGAGUCCAGGCAGAAAGAGAGGAGCCAAGAGGACGACUGGAGAGUGCAGAGAAGGAGGAGAGAGGCGUGGCAGAGAAGGAGGCACACCUAAUCCCCCCUCGCAUGCCAAAUGUGUGUACUUCAAGCACACCAGCGAGGCACACACAGGCACUGCAGCAGCUGGGAGAGAUGGCAGUGCAGCUUGGUGAGGUCACAGAGACGCUCAGACUGACAUGUGAGGAGCAGGCCAGGGAGGAGGCAGAGAGACACAGAGACGCCGCGCUGCAGCUCAAUGCUUUAAGAACGCAGUCUGCUGCAGCUGCACAGGAGCACACCGCAGCUCUGACAGAGAGAGACCAGGAGAGAGACAAACUGCAGGCAGAGAUAGAGAGACUGAGAGAGAGCACUGAGGAGAAGGACAGAGAGAUGGAGAGACUGAGAGAGAGCUGUGUGCAGAAAGAUGCAGAAAUAGAGAGGCUUAAGGAGGAAGUAGCGGAGGUGAGACGGCGGUUUGAGGAAACUUCCAGAGAGGUGCAGAAGAACAAACGAGUCCUUCAGCAGCUCCAGACGCUGGUGGCUCUGGUAAACGCACCUGCUGAGAGAGAGUGAAGCCAGGCAGGAUUGUGGGUGGGGAAGCUCCUUCAUGCAAAAAAGGAUAAUAGCAUUUCUACUCAUAAUAAAUGGACAUAUACUGGCAUUCUUAUACAUGGGCAUAACUUUGUCGUAGCUACAUAAUAUAAUUUGAAAUAUGCAAACAAAUGAUUUUAAUAUGUCAGUUGCUAUAGAGGAGUAUUCACAUUACCAUCUGCUCAUAGGACUGUGAACUUCCUCACAAAAUCUCAUACUGGCAUUACAGUACAUUGUUUAAUGCGAUGGCAUACUAUGCACUAUCCAUACUGUACACAUUGAAUCAUCUGAAUGCAACCUACUGAACCUACUAGUUGGUUAGUAGAUAUGUACUGUGCAGUUUGACUGGGGUGAUUUUUUAUGAUUGGGCCCUAUUAAAUAUAAUGACAUUACUGUAUCAGGAUAUUUGCUGUAUCCCUGUUAAGCUGGUUGAUAGAUGAGAUAAUUUGUGCUACCACUUGAUUGACUUGGAAGGAAAUCCAAUCACUGCUCAAAUAACAAAAUGUAUGUCAUUCUAAGGACCUUGUUCUAAGCAAUGAACUCCUGCAUA